AUGAGUCGGGUUCGUUUCUGCGGAGCCACAACGGGGACUCCCCACUGAACAGAGCCUGGCACACGGCAAGGGGUGAAGGCCGUCAAGGCGCCCGUCCUGGGUGGGCGGAUCUGGGCUCUGGUCCUGCCGUGUGGCCACAGGUCCCCCCCGCUUGACCUCAGGGAUUGGAGUCACACAGGGAGGCAGCUAACCUGCAGAUCCCAAGCCCCACCUUGGCCCUCCGGGAGGCGGUGUGGCAAGGUCUGCACUGAAGCCGGCCUCUUAGAGUGUCCAGACCAUCUCCGAGGACAGGUUCAGGAGGCUCUGGCUCAGUUUUGCUCUUUGCUCUCGACUUGGACGGACCCCUCCUGGCUGUGUGAGCCUAUGAGCCGUCUUUGCCUCAGGUUUGCCGUCUGUAAAAUGGGUUCAGGAGGAUUCCAGGGCCCAGAGCAAGUGGAGGAGGAGCUCGCAGAGCCGGCAGGGAGCAGGGGCUGACCCAGCCCUGCUGCUGUUCUUCCAGAACAAAACCUGGCUCUCUGCCUUUGGCUGUCAGGGCACAGAGGAUGGAAACAAAUUAAUCAGCUGAGGUACUGAAGUUUUUCCUAAAGGCUUCUUAAGUUCUGACCCCACAGCUGGGCUCCAGGUCCUAGCCCAGCAAAGUCCUCUCAGGGCUGCUGCCCUGAACAGGUGGGGUGGCUUUGUGCUGGGGGCCUCGGGACCCAGCCAUGGGUGCUGCCCAGUGGGUCUCUCUCCAGGUGGAUACACACCUGCCUUCUGGAGGUCCCUCUAGCCUCUGGGAGCGACUCCAGCUCCCCAGGGAGCGGGUCUGCUUUGGGCCUCAGAGGGUAGAGGGCCUGGGACCCCUUGAGGACAGCCAGCCAGCCAGCCUCUGGCGUCCACGGCACCCAGAGUCCUCCUGCUGGGCAGACUCAGAGGAACGGCUUCUCUCCGCUGAACUGAUUCAGCCCCAAGGCGGUCACUGCGCUGCGUGGGUUCCUUGCAUCUUGGUUAAGUUGGAAACAUUCCCUUUUCCCCGGUGCUACCUCCCCAGGCGAGCUGUGUUCUUCCCCCCAGGUGUCUGCGGUGUUGCUGUGGGCUACCCCCUGGACACGGUGAAGGUCAGGAUCCAGACAGAGCCCAAGUACACAGGCAUCUGGCACUGCAUCCGGGACACUUAUCGCCAAGAGCGGGUGCGGGGCUUCUACAGGGGCCUCUCGCUGCCCGUGUGCACCGUGUCCCUGGUCUCGUCCGUGUCUUUCGGCACCUACCGCCACUGCCUCGCGCACAUCUGCCGCUUCCGGUACGGCAGCGCCGACGCCAAGGCCGCCAAGACCGACAUCACACUCUCGGGGUUCGCUUCCGGCCUUGUCCGCGUGUUCCUGACGUCGCCCACCGAGGUGGCCAAGGUCCGCCUGCAGACGCAGACGCAGACAACGCAGCAGCGGCGCCCCUCGGCCUCGGGGCCCUCGGCUGUGCCCCCUCCGUGUCCCGCACCCCCUGCCCGUUCGGCGCCUGGGCCCAAGUACCGCGGGCCGCUGCACUGCCUGGCCACAGUGGCCCGAGAGGAGGGCCUGCGAGGCCUCUACAAGGGCAGCUCAGCCCUGCUCCUCCGGGACGGUCACUCCUUCGCCACCUACUUCCUCUCCUAUGCCAUUCUCUGUGAGUGGCUCACUCCCGCUGGCCGCAGCCAACCAGAUGUCCUGGGUGUGCUGGUGGCUGGUGGCUGUGCAGGGGUGCUGGCCUGGGCCGUGGCCACCCCCAUGGACGUGAUCAAGUCACGCCUGCAGGCGGAUGGGCAGGGCCAGCGGCGCUACCGGGGCCUCCUGCACUGUGUGGUGACCAGCGUUCGGGAGGAGGGGCCGCGGGUGCUCUUCAAGGGACUGUCGCUGAACUGCUGCCGUGCCUUCCCCGUCAACAUGGCGGUCUUUGUCGCCUAUGAAGCGGUGCUGAGGCUCACGUGUGGCCUGCUCACAUAGCUGGUCCCCGCGGCCCAGGGGCCAACCCGCUGGCAGCUUCCAGAGGCCAUAGGGGCCAGAGGAGGUGGAGGGGAGUGUCGGAGUCUGGGCCCCCCGGGCCCCCACCCCCGGACAGCCAGAGCCUCCCCGCCCAGCGACAGACCAUGAGAAGGUCAAGGGGCCCAUCUGACAUCGGCUGGGGUUGGCCCCAGGGUCAGAGGCCAGGGAGGGUGGGCCUCUGAGAUGAGGACACUGUCACAGGGCACCAUCUGUGCACGUGGCUGCUUGGUCCCUCCGGCCUCCCCGUCAGCUUUCCCUGCUGCCCCGCGGCUUCAGAGCCCCUCCCCCGCCCUCCCAUGCUCUUCCCGCCUGGUCCCUUAGGCUCUGCCAAGCGGUGUCCUCAUGAGACGGCACCCAGAUGCAGUGUCUGCAACCCUCCUGUCCCAUCCCACACCAGGCUGCUCAGCCAGGCGCUGUCGGGGCCACCCUGGGCGCUGGGUGCCAGGUAUGGUCACCCACCUGCUCUGCCUAUAGUCCCUGGGGACUCAGCGAGGAGCUGUUGCCAAUAAAAUGUUU